CCCUAGGGAUCAAAAGCAAAGUCUGGAACUAAAAACGAAGACGAAGAUCAAACCAAAGGUCAGUCCACGAUGCCGUCGGAAACCUUAAAGCCCAAGAUCCAGAUCCGCAACGUGUGGGCCCACAACCUCGAAUCCGAGUUCGCCCUGAUCCGAGACUGCGUCGACUGCUUCCCUUUCGUCGCCAUGGACACGGAGUUCCCCGGCGUGGUCUACCGCCCCCCCAAGCACCACCGCCUACUCACGGCCGGCGAGCGCUACGCCGCCCUCAAGACCAACGUCGACUCCCUCAACCUGAUCCAGGUCGGCCUCACCCUCUCCGACUCCGCCGGCAAUCUCCCGACCCUAGAUUCCGAAUCCGACACCCGCUACAUCUGGGAAUUCAACUUCAGGGACUUCGACAUCGGUCGCGAUCUCUACUCUCGGGAAUCGAUUCAGCUGCUGAAAUCGAACGGGAUCGAUUUUGAUGAGAACAAGGUUAACGGAAUCGAUUCGAGUGACUUCGCUGGAUUGCUGAUGUCAUCAGGAUUGGUUUUGAACGAAUCGGUGAAUUGGGUUACUUUCCACAGCGCUUAUGACUUCGCUUACCUGAUCAAAAUCCUGACUUGCAGCGAACUGCCGAAGAAUUUGGGUGAAUUUAUGGGGCUUGUUAGGGUUUAUUUUGGGGGAAAGGGUUUUUUUGAUAUGAAGCAUAUGAUGAGGUACUGCGAUGGAUUGUUUGGGGGGUUGGAUCGGGUUGCGGGUGUGCUUAGGGUGGAUCGGGUUGUGGGGAGGUGUCAUCAGGCUGGAUCCGACAGUUUGCUGACAUGGCAGGCUUUCUUGAGGAUGAGGGACUUGUAUUUUGUGAAGGAUGGUGGGAUGAAGCACGCUGGCGUGCUCUUUGGGCUUGAGUGUUUCUGAUAAAUAAAAUAUAAUAACAUUCUUUUGUUAAUAUUUAUAAGUUGUUUUUUUUUGAA